ACGAAACGGGAAAGCGAGGCGGUUAUGGCAAGAUCUUCAUUGGUAGUGUAUUCGUGCGUGGUGAUCUUCGUCCUUCUCCUGCUUGCUUUUGCUCCAAGGCAACCCAACCAACCGCACCGCCGCCUCAAGCUCCGUUCGACCUCCGAUCUAUCCACCCCGCCAGAUCGAGGCCGUCGGAGCAUCCCCUUUGACCCCAUCAUCGCUGGCAUUGAGCGCCGCCGCGAUGACCGCGAGUGGGAGCGGAGUCACUACCUCCCCGAUGGCCACGCUCCCGCCAUGGAGCCACAGCCAGAGUGGGAGGGCUUCAUGGAUCCCGAGGAUUACAUUAACGACGAGGCGAGAUUCAACGUCACCCAUCGCAUCGUGGAACUCUUUCCCAAUAUCGACUUCAGCCCAGCCGAUGGCCUCAUCACCGUAGAUGAGCUCACGGAAUGGAAUCUCCGGCAGGUGGAGCAGGAGGUAAUGCACCACACGCAGCGGGACAUGGAGCUUCAUGACAAGAACCACGAUGGUUUCAUCUCGUUCACAGAGUACGAACCUCCCAUCUGGGCCCGGCGAUUGCAUAAUGAUAAUUCAUCUGACAAAAUGGGUUGGUGGCAAGAGGAACACUUCAAUGCUUCAGAUGUGGAUUAUGAUGGUCUUCUUAAUUUAACAGAGUUUAAUGAUUUCCUUCAUCCAGCUGAUUCUAGCAAUCCUAAGGUGAUCCAUUGGUUAGCCAAGGAAGAAAUUAGGGAAAGAGAUAAAGAUAAAGAUGGAAAGCUAAGUUUUCAAGAGUAUUUCAAUGGCUUAUUCCAGUCAAUAAGGCGAAGUGAUGACGUUCACAGUUUCACACUGGAAUCUGAGACCUCUGCGGAGGUAGCGGCUAAAAUGUUAUUCUCACAGCUUGACAGUGACAAUGAUGGAUACCUAUCAAAAGAUGAGUUGUUGCCCGUCAUUGGUGAUCUACAUCCAUCGGAGCGUUAUUAUGCAAAGCAACAAGCUGAAUAUGCUAUUACAGAGGCUGAUACAGAUAAAGAUGGGUACUUAAGCAUGAAAGAGAUGAUAGAAAAUCCCUAUGUAUUCUACACUGCUGUUUAUACGGAGGACAACCACUAUGACUUUCACGAUGAGUUCCGUUAGUUAUCUAGGUUGGAAGUAGUUCCAUUAGAAAUUUUGAAGAUUUUUUCACCCUAGGUUGAGUGAAUAUCACUGUUCAACAAAUCAUGUUUUCUGGAAUGGUCUUCAAUUCAUUUAAGAUAAUGUGCAAACUACGAAGUUCAGAGAGUGCCUUUGUUGCUAGAAUCUGGACUUUCCAUCUUUACAUCUAACUCAGAGUAGUGUUCUUCUGAUCAUCUAUUUGCAUAUAUAUAUGUACAGAAGUCAUAGAUACUCAAACGGUCAGCAGUUUUUUUGUUAAUUAUUUUGUUUAAAUAAAAUUAUUAUUCUUAUCACAUUGUGCAUUUAUGCUACUCA